AUGGCCACUCUUACUGAUAUAGGGGUGGCGGCAGCUAUCAAUAUUCUCAGUGCGUUUGCUUUCUUUGUGGCAUUUGCCAUUCUUCGAAUUCAGCCAUUAAAUGAUAGGGUUUACUUUCCAAAAUGGUAUCUAAAGGGUUUAAGAAGCAGUCCGUUGCAAUCCAGUGCAGUUGUCCACAAGUUUGUCAAUUUGGAUUUCCGGUCAUAUGUGAGGUUUCUGAAUUGGAUGCCUGCUGCAUUGCAAAUGCCAGAACCUGAGCUUAUUGACCAUGCAGGAUUGGAUUCUGCUGUUUACUUGAGGAUUUAUCGGACAGGACUUAAAAUAUUCGUUCCUAUUGCGUUUGUUGCUUUCACAAUAAUGGUGCCGGUUAAUUGGACCAAUCGGACUUUAGUGCAUUCUGAUUUAACUUAUAGUGAUAUUGACAAGCUUUCUAUUUCCAAUAUUCCAACUGGAUCACAUAGAUUCUGGACCCACUUAGUAAUGGCUUAUGCCUUCACAUUCUGGACAUGCUAUGUGUUGAAAAAGGAGUACGAGACCGUUGCAUCAAUGAGGUUGCAUUUUCUAUUAUCAGAACAUCGACGCCCAGAUCAGUUUACGGUAUGA